GUGGUUGAACAGGGUAUGUUUGUAAAGCACUGCAAAGUAGAAGUAUACCUCACAGAAUUGAAGCUCUGUGAAAAUGGAAACAUGAACAAUGUUGUAACUAGAAGAUUUAGCAAGGCUGACACAAUAGAUACAAUUGAAAAGGAAAUAAGAAAAAUCUUCAAUAUUCCAGAUGAAAAGGAGACGAGAUUGUGGAACAAAUACAUGAGCAAUACAUUUGAACCACUGAAUAAACCAGACAGCACCAUUCAGGAUGCUGGUUUAUACCAAGGACAGGUCCCCAGGUGCAUCCAAUUUUUCAACUUUACCAAAGAUCUCUCCUUCAUCUCUAUCAAAUAAUUAUAACAACAUCAACAACAGAAAUGUGAAAAACUCAAAUUAUUGUCUCCCAUCAUAUACUGCUUAUAAGAACUAUGAUUAUUCAGAACCUGGAAGAAACAAUGAACAGCCAGGCCUCUGUGGCCUAAGUAACUUGGGAAAUACGUGUUUCAUGAAUUCAGCUAUUCAGUGUUUGAGCAACACACCACCGCUUACUGAAUAUUUCCUCAAUGACAAGUAUCAAGAAGAACUGAAUUUUGACAAUCCCUUAGGAAUGAGAGGUGAAAUAGCUAAAUCUUAUGCUGAAUUGAUCAAGCAAAUGUGGUCUGGAAAAUUUAGCUAUGUCACACCAAGAGCUUUUAAGACACAGGUAGGACGUUUUGCACCACAGUUCUCUGGAUACCAGCAGCAGGACUGUCAAGAACUAUUAGCUUUCCUGUUAGAUGGACUACAUGAGGAUUUGAAUAGAAUUAGGAAAAAACCAUAUAUACAAUUAAAAGAUGCUGAUGGAAGGGCAGAUAAGGUAGUUGCUGAAGAAGCCUGGGAAAACCAUUUAAAAAGAAAUGAUUCUAUCAUAGUAGACAUAUUUCAUGGCCUUUUCAAAUCAACUCUAGUUUGUCCUAAAUGUGAUAAGAUUUCAGUAACAUUUGAUCCUUUUUGUUACUUGACACUUCCAUUGCCCAUGAAAAAAGAACGUACCUUGGAAGUUUAUUUAGUUAGAAUGGAUCCACUUACCAAACCUAUGCAGUACAAAGUGAUUGUCCCCAAAAUUGGAAACAUACUUGAUCUUUGCACAGCAUUGUCGGCUUUAUCAGGAGUACCUGCAGAUAAGAUGAUAGUUACUGAUAUAUACAAUCAUAGAUUUCACAGAAUAUUCACAAUGGAUGAAAAUCUUAGUAGUAUUAUGGAGCGGGAUGAUAUUUAUGUGUUUGAAAUUAACAUCAAUAGGACAGAAGAUACAGAGCAUGUGAUUAUUCCUGUUUGCCUACGAGAAAAGUUUAGACACUCAAGUUAUACCCACCAUACUGGUUCUUCACUUUUUGGUCAGCCUUUUCUUAUGGCUGUACCACGAAACAAUACUGAAGAUAAACUCUAUAAUCUCCUACUUUUGAGAAUGUGCCGAUAUGUCAAAAUAUCUACUGAAACUGAAGACACUGAAGGAUCCCUACAUUGCUGUAAGGACCAAAAUAUUAAUGGGAAUGGCCCAAAUGGCAUACAUGAAGAAGGCUCACCAAGUGAAAUGGAAACAGAUGAGCCAGAUGAUGAAUCAAGCCAAGAUCAAGAACUUCCCUCUGAGAAUGAAAAUAGUCAGUCUGAAGAUUCAGUUGGAGGAGAUAAUGAUUCUGAAAAUGGAUUAUGUACCGAAGAAACUUGCAAAGGUCAACUCACGGGACACAAAAAACGAUUGUUUACAUUCCAGUUUAACAACUUAGGCAAUACUGAUACCAACUACAUCAAAGACGAUACCAGGCAUAUAAGAUUUGAUGAUAGGCAGCUUAGGCUAGAUGAAAGAUCUUUUCUUGCUUUGGAUUGGGAUCCUGAUUUGAAAAAAAGAUACUUUGAUGAAAAUGCUGCUGAGGAUUUUGAAAAACAUGAAAGUGUGGAAUAUAAACCGCCUAAAAAACCCUUUGUGAAAUUAAAAGAUUGUAUUGAGCUUUUUACAACAAAAGAAAAGCUAGGUGCUGAAGAUCCCUGGUAUUGCCCAAAUUGUAAAGAACAUCAGCAAGCCACAAAGAAAUUGGAUUUAUGGUCCCUGCCUCCAGUACUUGUGGUACAUCUCAAGCGAUUUUCCUAUAGUCGAUACAUGAGAGACAAGUUGGAUACCUUAGUUGAUUUUCCUAUCACUGACUUGGAUAUGUCGGAAUUCCUAAUUAAUCCAAAUGCAGGUCCUUGCCGCUAUAAUUUGAUUGCUGUUUCCAACCACUAUGGAGGGAUGGGAGGAGGACACUAUACUGCUUUUGCAAAAAAUAAAGAUGAUGGAAAAUGGUACUACUUUGAUGACAGUAGUGUCUCAACUGCAUCUGAAGACCAGAUUGUGUCCAAAGCAGCAUAUGUACUCUUCUACCAGAGACAAGACACUUUCAGUGGAACUGGCUUUUUCCCUCUUGACCGAGAAACUAAAGGUGCUUCAGCUGCCGCAGGCAUCCCAUUAGAAAGUGAUGAAGAUAGCAAUGAUAAUGACAAUGAUAUAGAAAACGAAAAUUGUAUGCAUACUAACUAAUGAAAGUCCUAGAAGCCAUAAAAGAGAGACUUUCCUGCUGGUGGUAGCGAUUGAAAUGAAGUUAUCCACCACAUUAAACAAACGUCUGAGAUGGGGAGUUUCAGAUAACUGAAUGUAAAUCCUUUAUCAGAUUUUAACUUGUGCAGUACUUGAAGUGAAACACAAUGAAAACUUUAACAGAAAUUGUCUCUUAAUACAUUUACAGUCUUGUAUUUACAAGCUAAAUAUAUAUAGGAAAUCACAAAUAAAUCCCUUUUAAGUUUGCUGCUGUUUUGAUGAAUAUGUUUUCUUUAAUUUUUUUGGAUGUGAGUUAAUUGAUGACAAAUGUUAAAUUUGUGGAUGUUGGUCAUUUUUUGCUCUAAUAAUACUGCGAGAAAACUAUGGCUGAACUUAGUUUUUGAAUAAUCUAGUUCAUGUGCAUUAGUCAUUUAGCUGCAGUAUUAAUGUGGCAUAAAUACUGCAGUAGUAUCCUUGGAAAACCAAAUUUUCAAACUAUCCCUGGUAAUCAGUGUGGGCCUAUUAAAAAACCAAAUCAUGAUAAAAGAAACAAUCUUGAAAAAGUUACUUCCUUUUGUAGUGUCAUUAAAAUCAUCUUAUUGCUACUGUGGAAACAGGUUCUAAAUUUCAUCCUCCAUCUGAAGUCAUUGUUCAGUUAAAUGUGUUUUUUACAGCUAUUGGGAUCUAUUCCUUAGACAUUCAAAUUCUUUUUUUACUUUCUUCGUAUUAAAAUGCAUAUUUUUAAUCUGGUGUUGGUCCCAAAUUAAAAUUUUUGCUGUCUGUUUUUCUCUACCCCAUUUUUUGGUAAUUUGUCAACGUUUAGCUCUCCCAAUUAUUGUAAUAUAAGAACAGACUUGAUAGUAUUCUGUAUCCAUAGUAAUAAUUACAUCAAGCUUAGGAUGAGAAAUUUUUUUCAUAUACUGGCCUUUAAAUCAUUAUUGGACAAUUGGCUUUAAAGGUAGGUCUGUUAACUUUCUUUGUGUGUUCCUGAUGGAAUUCACCAUAGCCUUACAGCUUUUCUCAGAAGGUAACUUGCUAUAAGAGAAUUGGCAUUUGCAUGUUCCAGAGUGAGAACCUGUACAGUAUAUAAAGCAUACAAACCUUGAAUUUGAUUUUAGUUCACCACAUUUAAGGAUCCAGGAUGCCAAAAAUAUAUGUGAACAUUUGAAACAUUUUUCAUUUGCUGCUUUCCCUUUGAUCUAGUUGAAAAGAAUGUAUUGUAAAUUGGCAUACAAUACUGCCUUUAAUAGAAAAUCUAAAUGCUGGGGCACAUUUCACAUAUCGACUACCUGAGAAAUUGCUUUGUGUCCUACUGUUAUUAAAGCAAAAAGUAUAAUGUUCUUCACUUGAACUAAUCAAAUACAAUAGAUUAUAAAUUGUGUAUUGUAAAUAAAAGUUCACUCUGUGAGUGCACAUUUUGGUAAAUUAUUUAUUUAUGUUAGCAUUUAAAAGUUUUAAGAAAUGCAUUUGACCAGGAUAAAUAAAUGAGGUAUGUUGAUCAUGGCUUUGCUUUAUACGUUGAUAUUAAAGCUGGUUUUACAUCCUGGUAUUUUAAAAGCUGCUUUGUUUUUUUGUUUGUUUGUUUGUUUUGGGGGGGGUUGUUGUUUUCUUUUUUUUCUUUUUUCUUUACUUUUUUAAAAUGUAAACUAACCUCCUGCAUGACAGAGGUUAAAAUUUUAUCUGCACUUGAGUUCACUUGAGUUUACAUUUGAAAUGUGCAUGUUUAUUUAUACAGAUUUCAAUAAAGCUAUUCAAGGCCUUAUUUAGUCUUUUAUUUCUUACUUUGAAUCUUUUGAUAAAAAGUUCCCUAUUUUUGGGUAGUUAACUGAUUAUAUGCCAAACUUUAUAGUUACCAUAUAGUUAAAACUGGAAAGGAAAGCAUGUCAGAGUAAAGUGAAUCCUACUGUUUAAGGGCAUGUUUUAAGUUGAUUUUUUAAAUUUAAACAUUCAUUAAACCAGUGUUUGUGUACCUACUAAUCAUUUCAAGAGUCUUGAGAGUAAACAAAUAUUCCUGCAGUUACAAAGCUUGCAGUCUUUCUGCUCUCUACUAAUAGACUAUAUUUCCAUUUUUCUGAGGUUGAAAAAAAAACUAAAAUUAACUUUUUCUAACCCUAGAUUCCAGUCUCUACCCUAAUUGUCCAUAGGGACCAUUUCUUUUUAAUGCCUGUAAUUAACUUCUUUUACCACUAAAAGCAGUAUGUUUUUUCAUUGGAAAUGAUGUUGUUAAUUCAGUGGAAUUUGUCAAACUCAAAUGACAUUAUCAACUGCAAAAAAUAAACUGUAAAAAUUGUGCAAAAGGCUCAUCUAUACUCUAAAAGUAUAUCUUCAUUGGUAAUAUAGGGUAGUAGGGAUAUGUCCAUUCUAGAAUUCUACUUCUAGCUUUACGAUUUACUAUUCAUAUGACUUAGAUCUCUCCAAGUAUGUUUCUUUACCCGUAAAAAUAAUGAUAACAAUAACAGCAGCAUUUAUUGAGCACUCACCAAGGACUAGCUGUUAUAUUAAAUUGUUAUAUCUAUUUUCUCAUUUACCACAACAGCUAUGAGGUAGGGACAGUCAUCCCAUUUUUCAUAUGGAGAAACCAAGGUACAAAGCAGUUAAAUAAUACUCCCAAGAUCACCUGAUUAUGAUGUGGUGCAGUCAGUAAUUUAUCCUCAGAUGUAAGUACUACCUCCCACUGUUAGAGCCUCACAGGAUUGUUGAGCGCUCACAUGAGCUCAUGUAUUUGAUGGGACGGUACUUUGUGAACUAUGUGGUAUACUCAUUACUGAUUUCUUCAGUCUCAAUAACUUGAGUCUAAUAACUGCUUCCAAAGUACCUACAGCUCAGCAUUUGAGUUUUGAAUAAGAAAGAUACCAGCUGGAAUAUUGAUUAACCUUUCCCUUUUGAAAUUCAAUUUAUGUACAUUUAUUACCAUUUUUACUAAAUUUAAAUGUUAUAUAGUAGUUUCUGCCUUAUCUUGUUCAUCUAACUUAAGUGUACCCUUUAUAUUUUCCCAAAUGCAACCCUUAUUUUCAGGACUUUUCCUUCACCUAUACUUAAGCUUUAAUUAAACUAUGAAAAAGCAGUCGCCUGGUCUUUUAUUUAAAUGUCUCACUUUCUCUUAUAAUCUAUGUGGUUUCAGUAGUCCUACUUUUAUUCUUGCUUUCCUAGCAACUAGAUAUGAAAACCAUUGAUUUGGGCAUAAAGAAGAUCAGUAAGCACUAAUGCCAUUGAUACAGUAUGAAGACAGUGCUUUUUCAUCAAGUAUGUAAUUUCAUUGAGAUGAAGACAUAAGAAGCCAGAAGAGAAAUUGGGAGGUAUCUCGUUCAGUGGCUUACCAAAGAGGGUGAGGGAAGCAUACCAGUAGGAGCCUUCUACCGAGAGAGGAGGAAUGUACUGUCACUAGUGCAUCGUGAUUAUCAAAACCAGGCUAACUUUGAGUCUGUUUUAUAAAGUUCUUCACAGACAAUGCAUUUCAUUACUGCAUGUUUCCCACCCUCCCUACUUGUAUAGUGUAGAUGAAUACAUGUCUCCCAAUUUAUUUUUUAAGGUAGAAAUGUGAAGAAUUCUUGUACGUUAGGGGAAGGAAUAAUAAGUUUGCUAAAAUCUCAGAAGAGUGAGAAGGAAAGAAAAAUUCCAUUUUUGGAGCCAAAGAAGUGAACUGGAAAUUUUUUUAAAAUAUUUUUUUACUCUACAAUAAAAUUGUUUUUGUUUUUAAACAGCUUGUCUUCAAAAUGUAAUUUUGUUGGUAACUCCCGAAUUAUUUCAAAUACCAGAGGAUAAAGUAAAAAGAGUUUGUUUCCACCAUGCUGACGUAUAUUAAGUUGCAGAACUAUACUAGAUUGUUUCAUCAGACUUUUCUAAUGAGAAAUACAUAGGAUUUUUUAUGAGCAUUAUUCUAGGUUGGGGGGGAGGAUUUCAAUUCAAUCUGUAUAUUUUUCAUGUUCUUAAUAUUUACUAUGUAUUAAGAAAGGAAUUUCCAAAAAGCUCAGGCAACAAAACUUUCAUUUAAAACUGAAUUAGAAUAUUCAAAUUUUUAUAAGUUACAUAGAAUAGGUUUUUAAAUAUCAGAAUUGAGAAGAUAAAAUGUACAUGGCAAAAUUAAAAUAUUGAUCAAGCUUUAUUUGCACUAAUGAUGGGGUAACGAAUUUUAAAACAGACAGUACAAAAAUUAUUUUUAACAAAUGUAUGCAUUCUCAUCCCACAUUCUACCAUGGUAUAAUUAUAUCCCAGCUCUGCCUUUGGGAGCCUUGAAAUUGCCAGUGUUGUGAGGAGAAAAAAAAAAAAGGUUAUUAAGGGAAUCCAGAAAAUGUAUAAGUUGUUAAAACGACAUAUUUCGGACUAGACUGUCAAAGGGGAAAAUCAGUCAAGUGGGUUUUUAAUGUCAUUUUUUUCUAGAAAUGUCUAUUAAAUGUGAUCAUACAAGCAGCUAAGAAUACAGUUAUCUCUGGAAAUUGUUCUUUUAAAUGGAAAUGCUGUCAAAUAUAAGACUGCAUAUUUUUAACAUGUACAAAAUCAAAUAUUUUGAAUGUUUAAAUUGUAUUGCUAAGUAUGUUUACUGUAGAAAAUCAUGGUUGAAGUUGGUGCUCAUUUUGCUCAGAAUUUUCCUUUGUAUCAGGAACUUUUGGCUUGUUCUAUAUAGUUUGGUGAAGCAAUGGAAUUAAGUCUACACAAAUAAAAGAAAAUAAUAAAUAUGGACACA